GAAAAAUCAAAAUCCGGCCUUGGUCUAAAUAAUUUGGUUUUACGUUUAUCUUUGAACUCUUAUCAGUAUGCCAAACUUCACAACUGUUUAGGAUCAGAGAACACAUACUGAGAUUUUAGAAUGACAGUUACUGGUACACACUUCUCUAGGUUGUUAUCCAGAUUCUAUGGUUAUAAAUGCCUUAAACAGUCACCAUGGAAACAGAAGACCUGUCAUUUGUCAAAUGGUGUGAUUGAAGUUCAAGACGAAGUGAAAGAAGCAUUGGAUUCUGGGAAGCCAGUAGUAGCAUUAGAAAGUACAAUAAUUACACAUGGUAUGCCAUAUCCUCAUAAUCUUAGCACAGCACAAUCAGUAGAAAAUCUUGUGAGAGACCAGGGCGUAAUUCCUGCUACAAUAGCUGUGAUUAAUGGUAAAGUGAAAGUAGGUCUUACAACAGAAGAACUAGAAUUACUUUCCAAGAAAGAUAAACCAUGUUUAAAGGCCUCAAGAAGGGACCUGUCCUAUAUCAUAUCUCAGGGUAUAAAUGGUGGUACAACUGUCUCAGGGACAAUGAGCAUUGCCAAUCAAGUUGGUAUACCUAUAUUUGUUACUGGAGGUAUUGGAGGGGUACACAGAGGGGCGGAGACAUCAAUGGAUAUUAGUGCCGAUUUAACAGAACUUGGUAGAACUCCUGUAACAGUUAUAUCAGCUGGUGUUAAAUCCAUACUGGACAUUGGUAGAACACUGGAAUAUUUGGAAACAAAAGGAGUUUGUGUGGCCAGUUAUGGGAACAGUAAAGAUUUUCCAGCAUUCUUUGUACCAAGGAGUGGGUACCAGUCACCAUACAAUGUACAAGAUGCUACAAAAGCAGCAGAACUUAUUGAUGCUCAACUUAGGUUAGGUUUACAGAGUGGAAUAUUGAUAGCAGUACCUAUACCUCAGGAAUCAUCAGCUGAUGGCGAGAUAAUAGAGUUUGCUAUACAGCAAGCACUCACUGAAGCUAAGAACCAGAAUAUUAUUGGAAAGGAAGUAACCCCAUUUGUGUUACAGAAAGUAAAUGAGAUGACACAAGGAUCAUCAUUGACAGCCAAUAUUGCAUUAGUGAAAAAUAAUGCCAUAGUAGGGAGUCAGAUAGCAAUGAAACUGUGUGAUAUAAGAAAGAAGAAAGUGGGUGUCAUUUCUACCUCCAGACACAGAUAUCCGUCCAAUCAGAAGACAGGAGACAACAGGAUUGUUGUCAUUGGAGGAUCUAUAGUUGAUUUUUAUGCUAAAAUUUCAUCACAGAAUAUACAGAUGGAUGGAGCUACUUAUCCAGGGAAUGUGAGACAAUCGUUUGGUGGUGUUGGUAGGAACUUAGCUGACUGUCUCAGUAGAUUAGAAACCAAUCCACUGUUUAUAUCUGCCACUGGUAAUGAUGCCAACAGAACAGUAUUUGAAGAUUAUUGUAAACACAUGGAUCUAUCUGGAGUUACCUCUCUUGACAAGUUCAACACUGCCACUUACUGUGCUGUUUUAAGUAGCAAUGGUGAACUUAUGUUUGGAAUAGGAGAUAUGGAUGUCCACAAACAAAUUACUCCUGAUUAUAUUAGUCGGUAUGAGAAGAACUUAGCAUUAGCAUCGAUGGUUGUUUUAGAUGGAAAUAUCUCAACUGAUUCAAUAGAAUAUGUGUGUCAAAUUUGUCAUAAGAACCAUGUUCCUGUUUGGUAUGAACCUACAGAUGUUAAUAAAGCACAUAAACCAUUUUUGACAUCAGCAGGGCAAAGGUUAACCUACAUUUCCCCAAAUCUGAAUGAGUUAAGAGUUAUAUACAGACAUUUAACUAACACACUAGAAUCACAAAUAGGUCACAGGGAUCCAGAUGUUAUAACUUUAGAAGGAAUAUUAGAUGAAGCUAUUUGGCUGUCAAAAGUCAUCAUUGAGGAAGUACCGAUUGUCUUAGUAACACUUGGAAAACAUGGAGUCAUGUUGUGUCAGAGGAGUCAGAUACAGAAAUUUCCUGUCAAAGGAUACAGACUUGAGCAUUCUGACAAAAUGACAGCAGACAUUUUUCCUGCUUUUAAUGCAGGAUAUCCCCCAGAGAAUAUUGUCAGUGUUUCUGGAGCUGGAGACUGUUUGGCAGCCACAAUGAUCAGUGGAAUAGUUCAUGGUCAUGAUCCAGACCUCUGUGUUAAGGCUGGUUUAAUGGCAGCUCAGAUGUCCUUGAAAUCUUACCAAGCAGUUCCUCCAAAUAUUAGUCCAAAAAAAUUGAACUUGGAUAGGGUGAGAAUUUGGGCACCAUGGCAACCACAGAGGGUGAAACAUGUGUAAAGAAGAAUUCAAAAUUGACUUGUAAAAUGUGGUAUAAAAUGACCAGAGGAAUUUGCAGGAAAAUGCACCAGCUAGAAAAGGGUUUUGAACCUUGUCAGACAAUCAAAUAUACAUAUAUAUAGAGAAACAUUCUAACCUUAGUACUAUAGUCUGUACAGUUCUUUGUAUUUACUAGAAUAAGAUAAAACCUCCAGUUUGCUUCGUUUGUCAUUUUGGGUCUUUAACUUUAAAAAAAAUUUGUAUUUGACAUUGAAAUGAAAGUAGACCUGAGUUUUUUCUUGUGUUUAAUGAAUUUGUGUAAUGGCAGCAUCUAUAUUUGUCCUAGUUUAUAAUGCUGAAAAGGAAUAGAAACCACUUAUAAAAAGUUAGCUAAAUUUGGUAUGCAGCAGCAUUAAUUAAAAAGGAAAGUGUCAUGAUUUUUGUCGCAAGCUGGAGGAUAUUUACCUGUUAUUGGAUGUUCUAUUCCUGGCAAUUGACAGAUUACCUGAAAAGGGUCGUGUCAUUUUUUAAUCUUUAAAAAAUUUCUUCCUUGCCAAAUUAGAUUUUCCUUUGUCAUUACAGAUUCUAAGGUUCAAAAUUGACCUUUUAAUAUUAUAUGAAUUGUCCAUGAAAAAUGUCAAACUGAGCUGAAUUUCAUGGAGAAAUUUAACAAUUUUCAGCAUUUAAAGUGUUAAGGUCUAAUAUACAAUCAGAACAAGUCAUAAACUGAAAUCCUGGCAUAUUAAUUAACCAUGUAUGCUUGAUGUGCAAAUUUUCAGAUUUGACCCACAAAAAAUAGUAAGGUGUACCUGAAUCAUUUCUAUUACUCAGGAUUUUAUAAUGUUUACAUAUUUAUAACUUGUUAAUUUUUCAGUAUUAGUCGGAGGAUACAAGAUUUUACAUAUCAUGUAUACGUUAAUGAUAAUUAGAUUUUCAAUAUGAAGUAACAUGUGUAUAUAUGCUCUUUGUGUGAAGUUAUUUGUGAUCAUAUCUAUACCGGUAUACUGUUGUGAAGGUUAUGACAGUUUUUUUAAUGAUAUACAAUUGAAAGGCAGUUAUGGCAUUCAAUAGGCUAAUUUAAGUUGUGCAAAUGUUUUGCUGAACAGUAUUGGUAACUGAUAUAAGCAAAAACUAUUGUUUAGAUUAAUAUUAGAAUAUAUGAAAUACAUGUACAUUUAAAAAUAGGCAUGUGAUAGUAUGAUACCUAUGCUUUUAAGAAAUUAAAUUUCUCAAAGUAUCUCUUAUACCAUGCCACAUCAUUUGUUCAAGUAUCUUAAAAGAGUUCUUCAACUCCAAAUGGAAUCAGUCUCACUUUUUAUAGUAAUACAGUGAUACCAAAAAAGUGGGAUUCAGAAAUAUUUUCAGGAUUAAUAGUUUCACUUUCUAAUUACACACAAAUGAAGAACAUACAACACAAGUCUUGCUAUAUACUGUCAACUAAUUUGCUUUUUUCUGUUUGAAACAAUAAGUUCAUGAGUAUUUAUUUCAAUGGUUGCAUAAUUCUCUGCUCUAAGUUUCAUAGGUGUUUCUCUGCUCCCUCAUAAACUUUUUCAAAGAUAUUCUCUGAAACUACUGAAACAAUUUCAUCUUGUGGUGAAUUUAGUGUAAAGUUUGUGUUUUUUUUUUUGGUCAGUCAACAAACAUGGCUGCCAUGGCUAAAAUAGAACAUAAGACUUAUGUCUUGAAAAACCAAAAUAGAUUAAGAAAAUCUAACAUGGCUAGAAAUGCUGCAAAUAUCAAGAAUUACUUACUUCUUAUUUAAAUGAAUUAUCAGAUGACUCCUUAAUGAGUUAUUGCCCUUGAACAUGUUAAAGGAUGAUUUGGCAAAUUUUCGUGUUUUUGCCAAUCAUCUUCAAAACUAUAUUUGAUAGGUAGAAACUGUAAACAGCAAAACUGAUCAGCAAUACAAGAUUUACAAAAAUGCCUGAUUGACUGAAACUAUUGGAUGACUCAAUAAGGAAUUUUUGGGCUAAACAACUUAUUUUGUGUCUGUCAUAAACUUUUUCAAAGAAAUUCUCCUCUGAAACUACAGAACUAAUUUCAACCAAACUAGGGGUGAAUGAAACUAAGGGUAUCUUGUAUAAAGUUUGUAUUUAUAUACGACCGCAAAAUAUUUUUGCUGUCGUAUAUUGGUAUGACGUUGGCUGCAUAUUUGCAGCAUAUAUAUGUAUAUAUUGGAUCGUCCGGCGUCGUCGUCCGAAGACAUUGGUUUUUUCACUCUAACUUUAGUUUAAGUGAAUGGAUCUCUAUGAAAUUUUACCAUAAGGUUCAAUACCACAAAAGGAAGGUUGGGAUUGAUUUUGGGGGUUAUGGUACCAACAGUUAAGGAAUAAGGGGCCAAAAAUAAGCAUUUUUGUAACUUCCAGACAUAACUUGUGUGUUACUGUAUGGAUCUCUCUGACAUUGUACCACAAGGUUCCAUAUCACAAAAGGAAUGCUGGAAUUGAUUUUGGGGGUAAUUGCCUCAAAAUUGUCGAAUUAAGGGCCAAAAAAAGGGGCAAAAAACAAGCAUUUUUCUAGUUUCAUGACAAUAACUUGUGUGUACAUGUAUGGAUCUUUCUGAAAUUGUACUACAAGCUUCCAUAUCACAAAGGGAAAGCUGGAAUUGAGUUUGGGGGUAAUUGCCCAAAAUGUUUAGGAAUAAGGGGCCAAAAAUAAGCAUUUUUCUAGUUUCCAGACAAUAACUUGUGUUUAAGUGUAUGGAUCUCUCUGAAAUUGUACUGCAAGGUACCAUACCACAAAGGGAAGGCUGGGAUUGAUUUUUUGGGGUAAUUGCCUCAAAGGUUUAGGAAUUAAGGGCCAAAAAGGGUAAAAAAACAAGCAUUUUUCUAGUUUCAUGACAAUAACUUGUGUGUAAGUGUAUGGAUCUUUAUGAAAUUGUACUACAAGGUU